AUGAUUGACAUUGAGAACUUUAAUGACACUAUCAAAGAAGUCUACAAGACAUUGGGCCCGUUUUUCAAGGCGUAUCCGGCAGCAUAUACCUCCAAGGAUGACAACAUUUAUCUAGAUAUCAAGAUAAAUGCUCUGUCUCAUAUGAAUGCCUUUAUUCAACUAGCUCAUAUCUCAGAAACACAAGGAUUUAAAAUCCCUGGGUGCUUUCCAUUACGCAAGUCCAAUAUUCCAUGCCAUAUGACUCUGGAUAACAGAAUAUUGAGAAUGAAGGAGGAUCUCUACUACUGGAAAAAGUUUGCAAUCUGGAAUGCAGUGUUUUCAGCGGCCAAGCUAACCGUUCCUUCUACGGGAUUGCGACAACGGAUGGAGUGUAUCUCAAUCGCCAAGCAAUCAAAAAAACCUGAAAGGCACGGAUACGUUCGCAAGAAGAAUCCAAAUAAAGGAAAACAAGAAGAAUUUACGUAUAUUGAAGAUCUCCCACAGGAUCAGAUCUUGGAUACCCAAGACCAAUGUGUUGCCAUAGACCCUGGACGCAGAGACCUUUUGUUUUGCCUUCAAGAAAAUUCAACAUCAACAACCCAGGUCAAAUUGCGGUAA